AUGGCAGACAACACUACCUCCUCGACAGAGAGGGUCACCGUCACCUAUGCGGCAUCCCAAGCCCUCCUGGCCGCGCCUCUCACACCUCACUUCAUCAACCUCCUCAGAGAACAACUCCCACUUCGCAAUCUACACUGGAGACCCAGCCAAUCAACGCUCGAAGCUGUCGCGGCUCGAGCCGCAUCCCAAGGCAAAUCGUCCUACACUUCCGCCUCGGUCCUACCCGGUUCGACCAUCCGCACUAUCCAAACGCUCGAUGUAGCGCUCAAACCGCUUACCGACGAGAUCCGACGCUGGCGUGGUGAUCCUGGCUACUUUGAACAGCCAGACACAGCUGGUCUUCUCGAUCGACCUUUCGUCCACCUCUAUCUAGUCGUUUGCGAAGAUAGCGAGCACUACCGCACGACUGUUCGGAAUGAGAUCCGAUCUUGGCUCAGCACUCUUUCUUUCUUUCAUUCUAAGCAGGCAGGUUCAGGAUCGCAACAAUCUGCGGUUGGAACGCCGACGCUUGCUUCGUCGAGCAGAACGUCUUUAGGUCUCGGCUCGUUUCGAAGUGGCACUCCGUCCGUGAGGUCGGAUACCCCACCGACGACGGGGACGAGUUCAGGUCCGAAUACGCCCACCAACCAAGGUGUGCCCGUGAACAAAACAGCCGCUGCCGCCAACAUCAACACUGUAGGCCCUACUGAGCCGGAGUAUCUCAUUGUUCUCAUCACUCCACCCGAAGGAUCUGGCAUUAGCGGUCUGUCCGGUCCAGCAGCAAGUGUAGAAACAAAAACAGGCAUGUCUCGAUUCAUGAACAAGUCCAAAGGCAAUGUUCUCGAAAAAGCUCGUGCUGAUUUCAACACUUCCAAGAAAGAGCAUGUCAUUCAGCUCUCACGUCUUCCACCUGUCCCUGUUGCAUCACUUUCUCGACCUGGCCUACAAUUGCAUUCGAUGGAUCCGACAAUAUGGGCAGAACUGCUGACUAAAAUGCGCGAAGCUGCAUCCUCCACCUUCACCAUCACUAUCGAAGCGCAGGAGGAAGAGAUCGCUCGAUGCGGAGUGACAAAAGGAAACCAGGGUUGGGACUUUUGCAGCUACUUCCUAGCAAAAGACUCCCUUGCGCGUACACUGGAAGCGGUGGGGUUGAAAGACGAUGCAGUAGGUCAAUACGAGGAUCUGGAGAUUGUUUUUGCGCAGGCGAUACAGAAUGGAGCGGUAUCCUUUGCGCGCGUGGGUGGAGAUGAUACAGAGGACGACUCACUACCACUACUAGAUGUGUCUAAGAAGCUGUAUGCCGAGUUGAUACGGCGGAGAGAGAUAUCGUUGUUCGACUUCAGGUGUUACCUCUUUGCGAGAAAGUCAGCGUUGUUGGGGAAGAUGGGAAGGGUUGCGGCUGUUAUGCGAGAAGCGCCGGUGUUCAUUAGUGCGGUAGGGAGAAUGUUGAGGAAGAAUAGAAGGUUGAGUAGUCAACGAAUAGAAAGCUGGAUCUUCUCGGCGGCAUUGGACGUGGUGGAGCAGUGUCAAGCCUGGUUGAUACAGAGAGGUGGACAGAGUACGACGGGGGAUGAUGAUCAGUUAAGCCCGGCUUUUCACUCGAAUAAGUCGGAAUUGUUGGAUGUGGCGAGGAGACAGUUGGAUCGGAUUGGGAUCGAGGCUGGGCAUUUACCGCCUGCUGAGCCCUUUUCCUUUCCUUCCCAUUCAGACACAGAGAGUGUGGGAAAGGAACGCGAUCUUCCGCCGUUACCCGACGCGGCUGCUGUUCAAGGGCUAGGUGCGGCAGUGGUGCUGGGCGAACAGCCAAAAUAUGGCUCUUCAAGACCUGAGCUUCAAAGAGCAAUCGAGUCGAAAGAACACUUUGACGCAUACUACCUGGCUAUGUGCGAACGCAUUCUAGCUGGUUGGAAAGCAUCCUCGCGUAAACGAGACGCGUUGCAUAUACGGACGAUCGUAGCUACGCUUCACUACUUGCGGGGCAAGUAUCAGCUUGCUUAUGACAGUUUGGUGGGGUUGACGGAGGCGUAUGCGCUGGCGAAGUUUGCGCUGUUGGAAGGACAUGCACUGGCGAUGCAGUUGGAGUGUCAUGCGAAGUUGGAAAAGGUGAGGGAUAGAGGUUGGAUUGCGGCUGCGCUGGCUGCGUUGCCGGUCAGCGUAAACACUUCAGCGGGAGCAAGGAGCGUUGAAGAAGAGGCGGCAAAGUGGACUGAUGCAGCAUACCUGUGCAGUCAGCUAAGGGAGGCGUCUAUGGCGCUGGAAAGAGAAGUGCCAGUAAGCGGAUUCCCACUCUUCUCGAUCAGUGUACCGUCAGCACCUGCAAAGCUGAUAGGAACGGAAGAUGGGUCAUUGAUCACUGUCGAUGUGACUUCGCUAUUGCCCUGCAGUCAGGCAGUGGAAGAUAUCCGCAUGUGUUUGGUCACUGCUGGUGGUGGAGACCUUUGGUAUACUUCUUCGAGGACGGAGCUGAAGCCUGGAACGACAAAUGUCGAGUUGUUUUGCCCACACCCAGCACACGGAGUAUACACAGUCGACGUCACGCAGAUCCGCAUAGCGAGGCUGAUAUUCCAGUACGAUCACGCAGCCUCAGCUGCAACCAAGGAACCGACCGUCGUACGCGUGCCCAAGGACGGAGCAGCACCGAGCAUUGCAGUGAACCUCCCGCGUCAGAUCGACUUAGACCAACCACGGGCUGUCGAAGUGACAAUGCGCUCUGGUCGGAACGAUAUCGAUUCGGCUGAACUCAGCGUGGUAUUUGCGGAUGGAAGCAGUGCUGUUGAUUGUGCUGCAGCCAAACUUGGCGCCAGUACAGCUAAGCCGGAUACUGCGGGCACUGCCAACACAAUCGCGCUUCGUAGCCUAGACAAAGAUGGCGAGACAGUGGUCGUUUUGCCUCUUACCACGGUGCCCGAUUCUGGCGUGCUAGAUGCUAUCGUCACCCUAACCUACGUCACCACCUCUGGCUCAAAUGAAAGGUAUGCAGCAGGCAAGAAACGGACCCUCACUUUACCCUUCACUCUUCGUACAGCCCUACCGCUAGGUGUGAAUGUUCAGGAUUUCUUCAGGACGAACUGUCUUCUUUCCAAAUUCACCAUCUCUGCUGGUGGCGGGGGAAGCAUUCGGUUGAAACCAGUCACACUUGCAGGAGAAGAUGCCGAAGGAUACACCAUUGCAAGUUGUGGCUCUGGGCGAGAGGCUACAGUCACCCCUCGUCAACCUGCGACUUUCCUUUUCCGGAUCUCGAAGAAAGAUGGAGCGAACAUGGGAGGAAAGAGGAUGAGGUUGGCGGUUCUGUAUAGGGCUUUGGAGGAAGAUGCGGUUUGCGCUGCCAAAGCCUCUUUGGAUCGCGUGGUGAAGGACAAGGGUGUGGCGGUUUUGGGAAAGGGUGAGCCAGGGAGAAUAUUGUUGGAGGAAGCUUUGGCGAAGUAUGUCAGGGAUAGAUUGGAUCUUCCCGCGUACUCGAUUACUGGCGUUGUUCGGGUAGGAACUGGGUUGGAUGAGGGCUGGUGGAGGUCGGAGAGACGGUCUUGGGGACAAACCUCGCUUGAUUUGACCUCGUUGCUGGAGUUGGUGCAAAAUACUCUGGACUCCAUCUCAUCCGGUAGUGUAGAAGGGGAGGGUGAAGUGUGGCAGAAGUUGACGAUCCCCGUCGACGUGCCGAGUAUUGACUACGUCGACGCCGUAACUCUCAGUCUUCACUCUGGUGGGGUGGAAGUGGGAGGGGGAGAAGGGGCAAGCAUCGUCGUUGGUCUACCAGUGCAGCUGACUCUUACCAUUCGAACUUCAACGCAGUGGUCCGACACGCACGAGGACGGAGAGGGGGAGGAAAUGGUGUACGACAUCGUUCCAGAUUUCGAAAACUGGAUUGUUGAUGGUGCCAAACGCGGCACUUUCUCCCCUUCCUCCCAUUCUUCCUCUUCCACCGCUGCCAUCACUGCACCAGUGCCAUUGAAAGCAGCAUCAUCGGACGACACGUUCUCGGUAACGCUAACGGUUGUUCCCCUUCGAACAGGAAAUCUCGCUUUGCCCACGGUUUUGGUUCGACCUUUAUCAGCGGUACACGCAGGACAACAAGGGGAGGGGAAGAGGAUUCCGACGUGCGAAACAUACACUACUAAUGCAGGGAUGAGGGUGCAAGUUGUUCCUGCGAAGAGUACGAAGGCGUUCUAUGUGCCGACGGUGGUUGGAGAUGGGCAGAGGUUCUCCGGGAGAGGAAGGGUAAGGGAGAGUUGGAAGCAUGGCUCUGCUGGUGGAGCAGGUGGGUUGGAUAGAUCGAGAGCUGCGUGGAGUCAACCUCAACAGCAGGCUAGUCAGAUUUGGCAAGCUCACGCUUAA